CACUUAGCCACCAAGUUCAGGUAUACGGAUAACUCUCCUAUAACCGACUACUGUUUGAUGAACAUUUCUUGGUUGGGCCACUCGGGCUGUACAGCUUUUUCUCACACAGUUUAUGGUGGAGAAAGACCAAAGAAUAUGUACAACUGGCUCAUACACCUCAAACCCCUCAAAUACUUCCUCCUGCCCAACCCAGAACUCCCCAAACUCCACUACAAAGAAGCAGUAGAGGAGCGCCAUUACCUCUUACCACACGCCCUUCCACCACAUCUCCAGGAACCGGAGCAAGAACCUCCCCAACACCAACCCGAUUACGAGCCCUAUGCUCAACUCCAUAGCCUUCAAGACAUGGGCCAGGACAUCCCCGAACAAAACCAAAACCCUCCACCACCCGACUUCUUUCAACAACUUUUGGAGGGUCAACAACAAUUGCUCACGGGGUACGCCCAAAUGAACGCAAACUACACGGCUAUGGACAACCGGCUCAAUCAAAUACAGGAGGAGCAAAGGGCCGGUUUUCAGCGAUUGGAGGAGCUCAGGGAAGCCGAUAGACAUCGGUAUGAAGAAGACCAACGUAGGUUCUACGGACCUAUGUACUCUUACAUGGCACAGGAGGGAUCUUUUCAUACCAUGGCAAACCCCCCUCCACCACCCUCGUGGUAUGAACCCACUCAUUGGGGUAACUUUGGAGGAUCUGGCUCCGGGGGUGGAGGGUACGACGACGGAGAUGGCGGGGACACAUAUAUGGGAGAUGGUGGGCAGGGGAGCGGCUUCGAAGGGAGCUACUACGGCGGAGAAGGCGGGCACUAGGGACAGACGGACAGUGCUUGAUUCAAGUGCGGGGGAGAGACUCAUCAUGGCACUCAUUGUAUCCCUUUGAAGAAUAAGAAGAUUCAGAAAACAAAGACAAAGAAGAAGAGAGGAGGAGAAGAGAAUAUGAACACUAGAAGACCAUAAAACCCAAGAUGUUCUUUGUAAUUUGAGUUUAAAACUCAUUUUUGUCAUCCUUGGUGGUCUUUGUGUUUGUAUGUUUUUUAAAACUGUGGAAACUUUGAAGAAACUUGACACUUGUGAACAUUUGAUCUUACUCGAGACGAGUAAAGGUUUAAGUGUGGGGGAGUUCAUACGUUUGUAAUUUCCAUAUGCAUG